UUAAGUAAUAUUCAUAACGAUAACCUAAAUCCUUUCAUUGGUGCUGCCAUACAAGAUAACGAUAUUUACAUUUUAACAAAUUAUUGUCCUCGUGGAAGCUUACAGGAUGUUCUAAAGAGCGAAAAUAAUGAAUUGGACAUAGUCUUUAAGUUAUCUUUUGCCUAUGAUAUCAUCAAGGGUAUGAUCCAUAUUCAUUCAAGUGACAUCAAAUACCAUGGUAAUCUAAAAUCUUCUAAUUGCCUUGUGGAUGGACGUUGGACAGUUAAACUAACCGACUUUGGCAUGCCUUCAUUACGACGUGCUGUGAAAAUACCGUCUCAAAAAUUUGCGUUUAUAUUAGAUGCAUUCUGGACAGCACCAGAACUUUUACGAUUGUCAGGAGAUAGAAUAGCUGGGACUCAAAUGGGAGAUGUAUACAGUUUUGGUAUUGUAUGGUCUGAAAUUAUGACACGCAAGCUUCCUUAUAUCGAUUUCUCUUUAGAUGCAAAAAGCAUUGUAGAAAUGGUAAAACUGGGCUACGUAAACCCUCCGUUAAGACCAGACAUCAACGAUAUUGAUUGUCCGGAUGAAAUUAAAACAAUUAUCUGUACCUGUUGGGAUGAGAUCCCCCAAAUGCGACCUACAUUCUCGGUAAUCAAGAAAAAAUUGAAAUCGUCGUCCUAUGGAAAGGAUACUGAUAUAUUAGAUAAUGUUGUCGCACUACUCGAAAAGUAUGCUAACCAUCUUGAAGAUUUGGUUGAAGAAAGAACCAAUGAGUUAAUUGAAGAGAAGAAAAAAACCGACGAUCUAUUGUAUCGAAUGCUUCCUAAACAAGUAGCAGAGCAACUAAAAAAAGGUGAAACAGUUACAGCUGAAUUAUACCAGGAAGUUACCAUAUAUUUUAGCGAUAUUGUUGGAUUUACCAAGCUUUCUGCGAAAAGUACACCUAUGCAGGUUGUAAAUUUGUUGAAUGAUCUAUACUCCCUCUUUGAUAGUAUUAUUGUUGGCUACGAUGUGUAUAAGGUUGAAACAAUUGGCGAUGCGUAUAUGGUAGCGUCGGGCUUACCAGUCAAAAAUGGUAAACUACACGCCAAAGAAAUUGCUGAUAUGGCAGUUUUAAUACUAGAUUCAGUAAGUCGCUUUAGUAUCAGGCACAUGCCGAAUGAAAGCCUUAGACUUCGAAUUGGAAUUCACAGCGGUCCAGUUGUAGCUGGUGUAGUAGGCUUAACCAUGCCUCGUUAUUGCUUGUUCGGAGAUACAGUCAAUACCGCCAGCAGAAUGGAAUCACAUGGAGAAGCAUCGCGUAUUCAUAUCAGCGAAGCUACAAAAAAAUUUAUAGACGCGAGUUCUGACUACCGAAUAGAAGAAAGAGGAGAAAUCGUCAUUAAGGGUAAAGGUAAGCUAAGGACUUAUUGGUUGACUUCUAAUUCACAUAAAUGUAAAGUUCGCACAAGGUUCGUACCAAGAGAAGAUAGCAUAUUAGUUGAAGAAAGUGUCACAACCGAGGUUUAA